AUGGCGGCACCGAGGAGUAUUGCGGUGGUUGAGAGUGGUGGGUUGACUGUGAGUAGCGGAGGCAACAGGAUGGGAAUGAGGGAUGAAGAGAAGGCGAAAGAGGAUGAUUCUCCUUCCAGCAAGAAAUCCAAGUUCGAGAGGUUCCCCUUUUCCAGAUGGGAAUUCGCUACUGCUAUUUCCGUUUUCUUCGUCUUCUCUACUGGUUUGUUCUGCAUCUACUGGACCAUGCCUGCUGCUGAGUACGGCAAGCUCAAAAUCCCUCGCACUGUCUCGGAUCUCCGCUUGCUCAAAGAACAUCUUGGAACAUAUGCGAAGGAUCAUCCUGCACAGUUCAUCCUCGGCUACUGUUCGACUUACAUCUUCAUGCAGACCUUCAUGAUUCCAGGAACAAUUUUCAUGUCAUUGCUAGCUGGAGCUCUAUUUGGUGUUAUCAGGGGCCUUUUCUUGGUUGUUUUCAAUGCAACAGCCGGAGCAUCUUCUUGCUUCUUCUUGUCUAAGCUGAUUGGCCGACCUCUCGUUAGUUGGUUGUGGCCUGAAAAGUUGAGAUUUUUUCAGGGAGAGAUAGCGAAACGUCGGGAAAAGCUACUGAAUUACAUGCUCUUCUUGAGGAUAACUCCCACAUUGCCUAACCUAUUCAUCAAUUUGGCAUCUCCUAUCGUUGACAUACCGUUUCAUAUUUUCUUUUUGGCUACUUUGAUUGGUCUCAUUCCGGCAUCCUAUAUUACUGUGAGGGCUGGGCUUGCCCUUGGGGAUCUGAAGUCGGUGAAAGAUCUAUACGAUUUCAAAACAUUAUCCAUGCUCUUCAUCAUCGGCUCCAUCAUUAUCUUUCCUACUCUCUUGAAGAGAAAACGGAUUUACGAAUAA